CUUCUAGCCGACGACUCUGAACUCGAUGGUUCUCUGCGCCGCGCCGGCCGCUCUAGCCUCUGCGUCUCACGCUUUGGUUUCCGGCUAUAUUUUGUCAGAGCUGGGCACUGCGACUCCCUGACGCGCUCUGCACGUGGACAGGAAAGUGGACUGCUCGACCCUGUCCUCCGGACCCGCAUGUUCGAGGAGCCUGAGUGGGCCGAGGCGGCCCCAGCAGCCUCAAGCCUAGGGCUCGUGACCUUACAGCCUCGACCAGCGACAGCCUCGCAAAGCAAGGGCUCUAAGCACCGCCAGCUUCUAGCUACAUUACGGGCCCUAGAGGCAGCAUCUCUUUCCUAUCAACCCCCUAGCCUACCUAGCAGUGACUCUGAAGACGAAGAGGCGGAAAGGAAAAAGAAACGCCCCCAAAAGGCAUCAUUUUCCAGUGCCUCUGCAGAAGUAAGGGAGAAAAGGAAGAAGAAAUGCCACAAACAGAGCCUGAGUGGCUCUGAGGAGAGAGAAGUAGAAAGGAAGGAGUGUCGUAAAAGGUCUCUCCUUGGCAAUGACUCUGCUGAAGAAGAGAAAAUAAAGAGGAAACACCAGAAACACACCCCUGCAAACCCAGCCGAGCACCUGGACAAGGUUGACCAUUCAGGUCCCAAAGCCUGGAAGAACAGGGCUACAAAUGACCCACCCAAUACAAGCCCUGGGUCCAGUUCCCCUAAACCGGCUCUUACCUUGAGCCGCAGGCAGUGGCGGAACCGACAAAAGAACAAACGGAGACAGAAGAACAAAUUUCGGCCACCUCAGGUGCCAGACCAGGCUGCAGCUCAGGUCCCCACAGAGGAGACAGAUAGGUCUUCUUCCCACAGUCCAGGCAGCCAUGAGGCUCGGGCGGAGGCUUUGCGAACCCGCAUGGCACAGCGGCUGGAUGGGGCCCGAUUUCGCUACCUCAACGAACAGCUGUACUCAGGGCCCAGCAGUGCUGCACAGCGUCUCUUCCAGGACGAUCCUGAGGCAUUUCUUCUUUACCACCGUGGCUUCCAGAGCCAAGUGAAGAAGUGGCCAGUUCAGCCAGUGGACCGCAUUGCCAAGGAUCUUCGCCAGCGGCCUGCAACCCUAGUGGUGGCUGACUUUGGCUGUGGGGAUUGCCGCUUGGCUUCAAGUAUCCGGAAUCCUGUGCACUGCUUUGACUUGGCCUCUUUGGACCCCAGGGUCACUGUGUGUGACAUGGCCCAGGUGCCUCUGGAGGAUGAGUCUGUGGAUGUGGCUGUGUUUUGCCUUUCACUGAUGGGAACCAACAUCAGGGACUUCCUAGAGGAGGCAAAUCGAGUGCUGAAGCCAGGGGGUCUUCUGAAAGUAGCUGAGGUCAGCAGCCGCUUUGAGGAUGUUCGGAUCUUUCUAGGGGCUGUGUCCAAGCUGGGCUUCAAGGUCAUCUCCAAGGACCUGACCAACAGCCACUUCUUCUUGUUUGAUUUUCAAAAAACUGGGACCCCUCGGAUAGGACCCAAGGCUCAACUCUCAGGCCUGAAGCUUCAGCCAUGUCUCUACAAGCGCAGGUGACCCCUGGACCUCCCACAAAAAGGGAUGCAGAACUUGAACUUCAGGCUCAGAACUCUGAAGACCAUGAGCCACGACCUGGUACUAACUCCCUUCCAUCCUAAGAACAAAGUAUGAUAAAA